AUGAAGAUCGUUGAUCCCCAAACCGCAACUCUGACCAAUAUCGAGGUCCUUUCGUACUUUACAGCAAACCCACCUCGAAAGUCAGCCGAGGCACCUCCCGGUAUGAGAAACUUUAUCCCCAAGCCUGAUCUCAGGGACCAUUGUACUGUUGUAACUGAGAUACACAACUACGUCGAGCGCACAUCCCCUCACCUCCUCAACUAUCCACGCUACACACACGACUCAUCCCCAAAUCCAACCGUACACACCCUCCAACAACCCUCUACAGACCAAGUAGAGCCCUAUAUGCAACCCACCGAACCAACACCAGCCGACAAUGCGAUCCGCAAAGUUGUGCAGGAACUCGCGCCCUACAAUCUUACAAAAGGCGAGGUUAUGAUGCUCAUCAAUCUUGGUGUGGGGAUAAAGCAGAAGAAGACGACUGAUGGAGAUGCGAUGGAUGUCAAUGGGGACGAAGACGCUGCCGCUGACGAGAAUGGGGAGGGUGGAGAAGAGGUAGAUGAUAUGUAUGGCCAUAAGGCGUUGCUGAGUACUAUUGUGGAGGAAAUGGAGCAGAGAUUGAGUGAAGAUGAUAUGAUGGAUAUCUUUAGGAUUAUGGAUAAGAAUCUGGGGGGUGGGCAGUGA